AUCUAAACCUUAAAGCACCUAAAGCUGAUCUAGAUUUGAACAUGCCUGACCUGUCUGGGAAAUUCAAGAAGCCCAACCUAAAGAUGCCUGACUUGAGUCUUUCAGGUCCAAAGGUAGAUCGGCCCAACUUGGAUUUGGGAUCCCCUGAUCUAGACGUCUCCGGACCUAAUCUCGGAGGUGGAAUAAAUAUGCCCGACAUCAAUAUGCCUAAGGCUAACUUUAAAACCCCCAAACUAGAUCUCAGUGGCCCAACGGCCAACUUAGACAUGCCCACAGGAAAGCUAAAUAUGCCUGAAAUUGAAGGUCCUGACUGGGAUGCUAAGGGUCCUUCAGGAAAACUCAAGAUGCCAAAAAUGAACUUUUCAGGUUCAGGUCCAACUUUGGACUUAAAUGCAGAUCUCAAGUCACCAGAUUUUAGUGUCAAAGCUCCGAAGGUCAAGGGUGGGAUGAAUGGCUUUGAAAUGCCUGAUGUAAGAUUUGGGAGCCCAUCAGGGAAUCGUAAAAAGUAUAAUUUGAAAAUGCCCAGAGUUGGAUUUUCAGGUUCAAAGUUAAGUGGCUCUGAUCUUGAUAUUCCAAAAAUAAAAGGUGGACUUGAUUCUCCCAACCUGAGUUUACCAAACAAAGACUUCAGAACCUCCAUACCUGAUUUUGAUGUUCCAGAUGUUGAAUUUGGUACUUCACCAUUUAAACUGAAACACGGGAAAAUUCCUGAUGUGGGAUUUUCUAGUCCAAAGCUAGAGGACCCCAAAGUUGAUUUCAGAUCACCAAAUUUUAAUACUAAAUUACCAAAGGGACAAAAUCUGAAAUUAAAUCCGGACCUCAAUUCUCCAGAACUGAAUUUCAGAGCGCCAAACAUGAAAGGUGGAGUCAACUCCUUUAAGCUUGGUGACCCAAACAUCUACCUCCAGGCUCCCAAGUUGGAUAUUAACACUCCAGGUGGCAAUAUUGGUUUACCUGGUGCAAAUGUAAAAAAGUCCCAAAUGAAGAUGCCAAAAGGCCUCAAUGCUAACUUAACAAGUGACCUUAACAUGCCCAAUCUAUCUGGUAAUAGUCCAAAAAUAUCAGGACCAAAGCUGAGAGAUUCCGAUUUUAGUUUGCCAGCUUUAGAUCUAGCUGAAUAUGGAAUAAAUGGUCGAAAGUUGAGUGCAAAACAACGUAAUAUGAGAGUAAAUGGCAACAUUGGCCAACCAGACAUGAAUUUCUCUGACCCAAGAAUGAAAGGAGAUUUCAUUGGUGCACGCAUGGGUAUGAAUUCUUCUUUGAUAGACAUACGUAGUCCUCAUCUAAGAUCUCCAGAUCUUAACAUUGACAAUGCUUCCAUAAAUUUCAAGGGAGCCUCGUAUAAGAAUCGCAGAUCAGAUAUGGCAGGUAUGAGUUUGGAAAGAUCGGACUUAGACAUAGAUCAAGACAUUCGACUUAAUAAAAAAUAUACUAAAACCAAUGUGAGGUCCAGCUACCCUGCAGUGGAUGAUGCUUUACACCAAUACAUUGAUUUUAACCGUUCAGAUCUCAACAUUGAUGAUUUCACAGGGAGAGACCAUGUGCUUAGAGCUAGGGGUUCACAACCAGACCUCCGUGCACAAUCUAACCAUCCACAAUGGAUCCCGUCUUCUGGGGUUUAUGCUGACCCCAGAAACAGCAGAAGAUUGCCAGAUGGUAGCAGAGAUCACAGUAUGCAUGGUUUACCUCAAAAUAACCUUGACGGUUCAGGAGGAUACUUUGUCACUGUUUUUCCCAAAAAAGCUCUUCUGAAGAGUAAAUACAACACAACCAGUAGGCUUGGGUUCCCAACAGCAAAAAUGGACCUUGAUGUUCCAGAUGAAAACUACCUAAAGGGAUCAACGUACUUUUUCUCCAACCUUGUAUAGUCACAGGAGCACCUGCAUGUCUCUGCUUUUGUAUAUUUAAUAUUUUGCUUUAUUUCUUUAUUUAUUGUGACCAUUGUUGCUGUGUGUGUUCUGUAUAUUUUUGUACAUAAAACCGUUUGCAGUUUGGCCGAAGUGCAUUGUAACGGAUAUUUUUUUCAGUUGUUUUAUAAUAUCCUAAAACUUUUUUUUUUUUAACAUUUUGCUAUUUUACACAAUACUUGCUCAAAAUAUUUUACGGCAUUUUAAAACAUUUGUAAUACUAUUUUAUUUGUUAUUUAAUUAUUUUGAGGUUGAAACUAUUGGAUGACAUUGUGCAAUAAAUUUUUAUUUAUUGCACAAUUGUUUUUAAAAGAAUCAACUAUAAGUUUUAAAACGUUUGUUUCCUGUUGUUCUCUGCAAUCGAAGGCUCAUUGGAUGAAAUAGUUAAACAUACAUAUUUUCUGAUUUUAGCUUAAAUUGACUUGUAAUUUCUAACAUUAAAAUGCAUAAAUGAUGAAGUUAUUGAAUUGCUUGUUUUCCCCCCUUAAUAACAGAAAAGUAGUUUCUUUAUUCUGCGACAGACUGGCGACCUGCCCAGGGUGACCCUGCCUCUCGCCCGAAACGUUAGCUGGAGAUAAGCACCAGCAAC